AUGCUAUCAAGAUCUUGCUUGGGGUUGUUGAAUUUGGUAUCAGUGGAUGAUUACCAAGCGCUGGCUCGGGUUCCGCGGCUGGUCACCACGGAUACCGGAGACGUGGCGGAGUUGGACAUGAACGGCAUGGAGAAUUCUGGAUUGGACGAGGUGGUUUCGCCGGUGCCGCGCGAGAGGCGGAUCGUGGUGGCGAAUCAGUUACCGAUACGCGCAUUUCGUGAGGAGAAGAAAUGGAGGUUCGAGUGGGACAGAGACAGCCUGGUCCUUCAGCUCAAAGAUGGCUUCCCUCCGGAUGUGGAAGUGUUGUACGUUGGUUCGUUGAAAGCAGAGAUCGAAGCGAGCGAACAAGAAGAAGUGGCUCAGUUACUCCUCGAAAGGUUCCGCUGCGUCCCAACGUUUCUACCCCCAGAGGUUCACAAAAAAUUCUACCAUGGUUUCUGUAAGCAUUACCUGUGGCCUCUCUUCCACUACAUGCUACCCAUGUCGCCGAGCCAGGGCGCGCACUUCGACCGCGACCAGUGGAAGGCCUAUGUCCUGGCCAACAAGAUCUUCGCCGACAAGGUCACCGAAGUUAUCAACCCAGACGAGGAUUAUGUCUGGGUUCACGAUUACCACCUCAUGGUCCUCCCCACUUUUCUGCGGAAGCGGUUCCACCGCGUGAAACUGGGGUUCUUCUUGCACAAUACCUUUCCGUCCUCCGAGAUAUACAGGACUUUGCCAGUGCGCGAGGACAUUCUCCGGGCGUUUCUCAACUGCGAUUUGGUCGGCUUCCACACGUUCGACUACGCGCGGCAUUUCCUAUCGUGUUGCAGCAGAAUGUUGGGGCUGGAUUACGAGUCCAAGAGGGGUUACAUUGGUUUGGAUUAUUACGGUAGGACCGUGACGAUUAAGAUCCUUCCCGCGGGGAUUCACUUGGGCCUCUUGGAGUCGGUGUUGUCGUUGCCCCAGACGUCAAAAAGGGUGAAAGAAUUGAAGAAGGAGUUUGAGGGAAAGAUUGUGAUAUUGGGGGUGGAUGACAUGGACUUGUUCAAGGGGAUUAGUUUGAAGUUCUUGGCUCUGGGGAAGCUUCUGGAAAUGGACGAAGGUUUGCGGGGUCGGGUCGUGUUGGUUCAGAUUCUGAACGCUGCCAGGAGUAAAGGGAAGGAUAUUCAGGAUGUGAAGAGCGAGAGUGAGGCUAUUGCGAGGGAUAUCAAUGAGAAGUAUUCGCAACAGGGGUACAAGCCUAUUGUUUUUGUGAAUGGACCAAUUUCCACGCAGGAGAAGGUAGCGUAUUACUCCAUUUCUGAGUGUUGCGUCGUGAAUGCUGUGAGGGAUGGGAUGAAUUUGGUGCCUUAUGAGUACACCGUGUGUAGGCAGGGGACUGUUGCUUUGGAUAAGGCUCUUGGGGUUGAAGGCGAGGAUAACAAAUCCCUUAAAAAGAGCGUGAUAAUUGUGUCUGAGUUCAUAGGGUGUUCCCCUUCUCUCAGUGGAGCCAUCAGGGUUAAUCCGUGGAACAUUGAUGAAGUUGCUGAGGCAAUGAGUUCGGCUGCAACAAUGUCGGAGGCAGAGAAACAUUUGCGCCAUGAGAAGCAUUACAAGUACAUUAGCUCUCAUGACGUGGCUUACUGGGCAAGGAGUUUUGAUCAGGAUUUAGAUAGAGCUUGUAGAGAGCAUUAUUCCAAGAGGUACUGGGGUGUUGGAUUCGGAUUGGGGUUUAGAAUUGUUGCUCUGGAUCCUACCUUUAGGAAGCUCUCUGUAGAUCACAUUGCCUCUGCGUAUAGAGAUACACACAGUCGGUUGAUCCUUUUGGACUACGAUGGCACCGUGAUGCCACAGGCCUCAAUAAACAAGACUCCAAGCAGGGAAGUUAUUUCUGUGUUGAAUUACUUAUGCAGUGACCCCGAAAAUAUGGUGUUCAUUGUGAGCGGCAGGGAUAAAGAUUGCUUGAGCAAAUGGUUUUCUCCCUGUGAGAAAUUGGGUCUCUCUGCUGAGCAUGGUUUCUUCACUAGGUGGAGUACGAAUUCUACUUGGGAGACUUGCGGAUUGGCAGUCGACUGUGAAUGGAAAAUGAUUGCAGAACCUGUGAUGGCGCUUUAUACAGAAGCAACGGAUGGUUCCUUCAUUGAACACAAGGAAAGCGCAAUGGUGUGGCAUCAUCAAGAAGCAGAUCCUUAUUUUGGAUCAUGCCAAGCAAAAGAGCUUCUUGAUCACUUGGAAAGUGUGCUGGCCAAUGAGUCAGUGGUGGUCACAAGGGGACAACAUAUAGUUGAAGUUAAACCUCAGGGUGUGAGCAAGGGUAAAGCGGUUGAAGACAUUAUCUCAACUAUGCGAAGUAAGGGAAAGUCACCUGAUUUUCUACUAUGCAUAGGAGAUGAUCGCUCAGAUGAAGAUAUGUUCGAAAGUAUUGCUCGUUCGGUGUCUAAUCCAGCUCUGCCAACCAUAGCCAAAGUGUUUGCAUGCACUGUUGGACAAAAACCAAGUAUGGCAAAGUACUAUUUGGAUGAUACUAACGAAGUAAUCAAUUUGCUUGAAGGACUUGCGUGCCCAUCAACACCAUCCUCAUCCAUAAUAACUUCUCAAGUAUUGUGAGGAACAUUAUAGAAAGUGAUACAGAAAACAGUAUUUGUACAGAAUGAUACUUUCAUAGGUUGAUUUUAAAAGGUCAAUACUUAGAAAUUCACAGUUUAGCUGAUUCAUGUUCUUCACAUAACUCGCAUUAAAUUUUUUCGUUUUUGUAUGAAACAAGGAUUAUGAGUUUCUGCACCGUUCAAUGAAAACAUGCCUAACAGCACUCUUUCAACAAUAAAAUAAGGUUUGAGGAGACAA